AUGGGUUUGAAAAUGCUUGUCAUUGAUCAUUGUUGUUUUGAGUUUGAUGUUUUUAAUGUCAAUGCACUCAAUCUCCAAAUUUUCAAGUACUUUGGGUGGAUGAAAUUCAACAACAUAGAAAUUCAUUCACCAGAAAUAGAAGAGGCAGAUCUUGACUUCGCUAUUGAAUAUUCGUAUGACAGACAUGGUUAUCCUCUAUACAAUCUGAUGAAAAAUCUCUCUAUUGCUAGCAUUUUGACUGUAUGCAGUUAUGUUCUUCAGGUUAUUCCCAGUGGACCUGAACAACUUCGAAUGGAGCAUGACAUGAGUGUACAACAUUUGAUCUUGAAUGCAUCAUUGCAUGAGGACGAGUUCAUAGGAAUCGCAUUCUUCAUCAACAGUUGUCCUAUGUUAGGGUGUCUCACCAUUCAAAUAUGUCCAAAAAAUUACUUGUCUGAUUGUGAAGAACCGUUUUAUUUCAACAUCACACGAUUUUGGGCUGAUUUUUUGGGAGAUUGUGAGUGUUUGAGAUCAAGCCUUGAAGAGGUUGAGUUUGAUGGGUAUAGAGGACACAGGAAUGAUAAUCUUCUACUGGAGUAUUUGAUUAUUAGGGGAUUUGUGUUGAAAAAUAUUAGUAUAAACUUGAUGAAGGAUGAUUCUGGUACGAUUAUGGAGUCUCAUUCUCGUUAA